ACCCAGAAAUCCAAAGAUUCUCAUUUUUCAGUCGGUGGGGCAAAUCAGUGUGAGGCGUUUGUGCGUUAAAAAUCAUUUUAACUAAAAUAACUAACAUUUAGACAUGAGAUAAACUGUGAACGUGAAAAAUAACUCAUUAAACAAUAUUAUAACAAAAAAUUAUACAUAGUAAUACACAAAUAGAUAUUUCUGGGCAAUGCAGUCGCUGCUAUCCAGGAGGUAUUUUGAUUUAUAAUAAAUUUAAAAGUGUGAUUUACUGAUUUGAAUCAUUGGAAAUGGGGAAGUUGUUGAGUCUUUUGGCUAGAGACGAUUCAAACUGUUGUUCGUCGCCUCGCUACGAUAUAUUUUUGGAUUUUGAGAACGCCGCGCCUACGGACACGGAGCGCGAUGUUUACGAGGAGGUGCAACGAGUGCUUUUGGAUUCUGACAAGAUAUUGGAGGAAAUCCAGUGCUAUAAGGGCGCUGGGAAGGAGAUAAGGGAAGCUAUAGCCGACCCGUCGACGAUAACGCAGGAGCGGGCUUGGCGAGCUGUGAAACCGUUGGUGGACAAGUUGCUUAGAUUCUACAACCAUUCAUUGGAACUUCAGCGGGUAGUACCGCGUCUGCUAGGAUCACUUGUUGGAGGAUCGAUGAGCCCCACACAGCAUCUGGAGCAACAGCAAGCGUUAGUGAAACAGUUCGCCGAAAUAUUGGAGUUCGUGUUAAAGUUCGAUGAACACAAAAUGAAAACACCAGCUAUCCAAAACGACUUCAGCUACUACAGAAGAAUCGUGUCCCGCGGUGGUCUCAUCAAUGCAGAACUUCCUCCAGGCGAAGAACCUCACAUAGGAGCGGAAUACGCUAACAGAAUGUCCCUUUUCUACGCCCAAGCCACGCCAAUGCUCAAAGUACUGUCUGAGGCAACCAGCCAGUUUGUGAACGAUAACCAGCAAGACUUGGAGAACACGACGGAAACGCUCAGCACGAUGGCCAAAGUGUGUUUGAGGAUGUUAGAAAAUCCAAAACUGGUUGCCCAAUUUAGCCGGGAGGAAACAUCGCUUUUGGUCCUUCGAGUUAUGGUAGGUCUUAUCAUUUUGUACGACUGGGUGCAUCCUUCUGGAGCCUUCUGCCGUUCUUCCUCCGUGGACGUCAAAGGCUGUGUGAAGUUCCUUCAACAACAACCCCCGCCUAAGGCAGAGCCUCUAUUAAACGCUCUUAGAUACACAACAAAACAUUUAAACAGUCAGUCGACGCCGAAGAAUAUAAGGGCGUUGUUGGCUGCGUGAGGACACCACUCCAGCCUUGCAUGUUGCUGUGGGGAAUGAUGUGACAAUAAUUGCGUGGGGAUUUCUCGUUGGCAUUUAUUUUGCACUUUUUAACCGUGUAUCUGUUUUUGUUGGAGCAUGAUCUUCAUAGGAAUUCAGUCGUGUUAGAAUAAAGACUGGUUACCUACUUGAUUAAUAAAGGUUGAUUGAAACGUCUACACGUUCUGCGAAGUGUUGUAUUUAAUAACAAAGUGGUACUUAUUUGGUUAUAAACAAAAUUGUCAGGUCUAAAAAUAGUGCUAUCCUUUUUACGAUUCUACCUACAGAAAACGAUAGUCUUACAUUCUAUAUUAUUCUACGUUACACUUUUCUACUAAACACUUAGUACUUCGCAAAAUGUGUAUCAGCUUUAAGAUUGGUUAUGAGUAACGGAGAAGGCUGUAGGGCGGCAUACAUAUUUACGUCUGGGAAACAUGAUGGCCCAAUUUUAUAUUUGAGAUCAAGCUUCAACAAAAAGAAGUUACUUAAGGUAAGUAUAAAUAGUAGAUAGGUAUUAAAUGUUGUAGUUAAUGUUAUAAUUUAAUGGAUGUGAGUCCUUGAAAAUAACUAUGCAAAUAAUUUUCUUUUCUUUUUAAAGUAUCAAAACUUGUAUUUAAAUAUCAAAAUGUAUCUUUUUGUUAUCUAUCGCAGUUAAUUUGAACGAAUUAAUAUACGAUAUGGUAUGUAUCACAUGUUAAAAAAUACUCUAUGAGCAAUUUUGUUAAAACACCUAGGUAUAAUAUUAUUUUAUAGAAAAAGGCCCACAAUAUAUCAGAUAAAUGCAUCUUGUAUAAAUAGAUUACCUCAAAAUGAUGAGUGGUUACAGGUUUUCAGCAAUUUUUUAAAAAUGUUAACACUAUUAUGUAUAAAAAAUCCUUUGUAGCUGUGGAGAGCAGAGAUUAUACUUUUUUUCUCCUUUUCCACUCGACUAAUGUUUAGGCCUUUAAUGGAGUGUAUUAUGAUUAUCCUCAACCAAUGGACUCCACUGCUGGACAUAAGUAUCUUACAGGGACUUCCACAGCCACGCUCUUGCUCGCCCAUGCGGUAUUGGAGUAUAAUACCUGUUGAUGGUUGUUGACCAUUUGUGCAUAUAAUAUCAUUUAGCUAUAUUAUAAUAAUCGUUAUUCUUACGUUAUAAAUACAAUAUUAAUGUCCAUAUAUAUUAUUUGAACCCGAUUAAUAAUCUUAAUUAUGUCAAAACAAACUACCAAAUGAAAUGAACCAAAAAAAAUUAUCAGAGGCUAUCUUAACUUCCAAAAAACGAGGACAGAAGAAAACAAGUCAGUACCUAUUAUUAUGUUUUUUUUACUUAAUACUGCUUUUCACAUUAACAAAGGCUUUGAACUAAAAAGUGAUACAGUAAUAUAAUAUCGCGAUAUAUCUAUUAUGUUCGUGGUAAAGUAGAGGUACUCUGUUAGUUAAAAAAAUAACUUAGCCGAAUGCUUGAAAAGCAAUGUUCUGCAAAUUUAUUUUUGAGAAAUCUUUCCCUUACCCCACACGUGUGCAAGGUGUAUGUAGAUAUGUGUAGGUGUGUAUGUAUGUCGGUAAUAUUAACCCCCGAAUAUGGAAACACUUCCUAAAAUUUAAGCGCACCUUAAAUUAUAAUUAAAGUUUUUUGUCCAAACAAAAAAAGUCAAAAAUCAUUGACUUCUUUCCUCAUUCAUUAUUAUAUAAUUUUAAAAUUUAUAAAAUUCAUUAUUAUUAACGUGCGCUUAAAUUGUAAAGCGCUCUUUAGUAUUCGGGUGUAACAGAAUUUAUUCAAAGUCACUUUGUAAGUUAAUAUUAGUUUUUAAACAUUAAAAUAAUAAGAAGAUAAUUAUUAUUAUAUUUAUCCAUUAAGAAAGUAUUAACUAAAUAAUAUUUAGUAAUAAAAAAAACGGAACUGCCUUGACAUUUUAAAUAGUAUUGAUAGCGAAUUGUGCAAUAUAAAAUAUUUGGUCAAUAGAUAUUUUAAGGUAAGUAAUAUUACAAAAGAUUCAAAAUUUUAUUAAGACCCCGAAUUCAGAUGGUUUGCGCGUGUUCAUUUAUAUUAGGUAUAUGUUCAUAAUUUUAGUAUAAGAUAUCCCAAAAUCAGGCCCCGAUUAUUCCAAAAAUUAUAAAUAUUUUAUUAGUUCUCUUAUUCAUGUGAUUUAAAAAUUUAAUAUAGCGAGACUGGACCCUGAGAAUUGGUAAAUUUUUUUAUACGUAGAUAAACAAUUAUUUAGACAAACUAUAUUUUAGGUGAAAAAAUAAAACUACUUACAUACCUAUUAUAUUAUGCGAACCUGGCAAAAUACCCGCUGAAAUUUUUUGAGAACACUUAAGAAAAUUUUAUAUACUUAGCCCAUAGUGAAAAAAGAAAUCGAUUAACACUUAUAAAAAAUAUUUAUACUUACUUAAAUACAUAAUAUUAUUACCUUCAGGAAAUUUCUCAAAACUGUUGAAUGAAAAAAUCCGAUUAAAAUAUGGAUGAUGAAAUACGAUAGGGAAGCAGUGCUUGUAACAAAUAAGUAUAAUUUUUUCCUUCUUUUUUUUAACUAUUGCAGUAGCUUUAAGCAAUUUGAGCAUGUAUUUUCUCAGGAUUCGAGUUAUUUGAUAAUGCCUUUAUGAAUGUUAAGUGAUAAAAUUAUGCAUGUACCACUGCCUUGAUGUUAAAUCUAUCAAAGUUAUUUUAAAAUGGAACUUUUAUACAUAUAUGUUUGAUUAAUUAUUAUUAAUUGGCGUAAGAUAAUAUUUAGGAUAUAAGCAUAUAUACAGUUUACAUUUUUUUUAAUUAGUUAACAAAAUUAAAAUAAUUAUGUAGAUAAAAAUAAAUAAUUUUAAAAUAAUGUUUGUGUUAGGAAAAAAUUAAUAGCUGCUGUACACGCUCAAAAAUUCUAGUGUCACUUUGAUUUUGAAAAUAUUUUUUGUGUUAAAUAUACUAAACUAUAUUGAUGUUUAACUAGCCUAAGUCUUCCACGCUAAUGUGUGUAUUGUAUUGCACAAAACCUACUACAUAAUAAUAUAAUUAGUAAAUGUCCCAUAAUAUGAUGUACAUGCAUUAUUACUUAAAACGCUAAUAUGGAUUUACAGAAGUUAUAUAGAGAAAAUAUAUGGACUUUUUGUCGUCUACUAGCGCCAAUUUAGCUCUUAUAUAUUCAAAUGACACUAAAAUUGUAGUGAAAUCAAAAGAAAAGUUGUACCACAAAAUAAACGUAUACAAAAAAUAUGUAAACUUUUUAUACUUAUUUUACAAUUUACAAAGUAGAUACUUGAACUAAUUCUUUAUAUUACUUACUAGAAAAAUAUUUAUUAGUUGAUUCAAAUUUCCUUAUAUAAUUAUUUAACUUAGCACAACUAUUAAAAUCUUAGAGUAGAUUUAUUAAGUAUUAUAAAAGUAGAGUUACCUACUUAUAUUUCUUGCACAGAUGGCACAAUAUUGUUGUUUAUAAUAUGAAUAUGUAGUUAAUAUUGAUUACUGUUGAUGUAUUCAUUUGUUAGAAUCCAAUUAGAAUUUACUCUGUAUCAUUUGCAUUUUUGAGGAAUUGAAGGAAAAAUACGUUCUUAUAAAAAACACUGCCCGAUUCAUAAUAUAAUCAAAGUUUAUACCAAAAUUUUUUGAAAAGAAAAUCAAAAUAAUGGGACAUGCUAAAAUAUAAAUAGAAACUAAGGCAAAACUUCAAUCAAGAUGGUAUUUGUAAUUUUUACAAAAAUUAAAUAGGGUACUUCCUAUUUACCUACAAAUUGUGCGUUUGUAACAUUUACAAACUCACUGAGGCUUAAAAACUAUAAAAAUACCUGCAGGAAAAAAUGUAUAAGAAAAAGCAAUAUAUUUAUGUACCUACACCUAAAUUUUAAUAAUACCGCUCGUUUAUACGCAUGAAUGUUUUGGGAAUGUUGAAAUUGUUAAUAACGUGAGAUUUUUACAUAAAAGCUAGCUGGUCCACUUGGCAGUUUAAUUUGCCACAAAAUUUGUUUUUGCUGCUCUAAAAUUAAAACAUGCAGUGCUUUGUGCAUACAAUUUAUUAAGUUGCGUGAAAU